AACAAGGAAGUGAAUACAGCCAGGGCCUGAGCGUCAACUGUGAAGUGAAAGGAGCAGGUUAAAGCACAGAGAGCAGGGCAGCUGUGCUAAGGAAGUGCUAGCUAGCUAACGUCAUCACUGGCUGUGCUCUCUGCAGCAGAGAGAGAAACAAAGAGUGACAGAAAGCGAACAAAACUGCAGAGCCUGCCUCACAGAUAUACCAGGUGUCCUUCACUUACCCCCCUACUCACCCUACUCAGACCCACUACAAUGACAGACGAAAGGGAACCCUGGAGAGGAAGUGGAGGACCUGAUGAGGACGAGCUACCGCAGAUGGAUGGGUCAUGUGAUGCGUGUGAGCCUGAUGAGGCCCAGCCGGCGACCCAGGUGUGCCACACCUGCAGCUUCGCCUUCUGCCCUGCCCAUGCCGAGAAACACGCCUGCAGCACACGACACAAGCUGAUGCCCUACGGCCAGGAAGUGUUGCAGCCCCAGUCCCAACGGCUGGGCAGGGACAGAUACACAAGGGAGGGGGCAGGGGAGGAAAGGGUACAGGGAAUGAGGCCUGCGGCAGAGCCAGGGGUGGUGGAAAAUGGGGCAUGCGGUGGGGCUGGGAUACAAGAGAACGGUGUGUGUGGAGGAGAGAGAGACCAGUGGAAGGUUGAUGAUAAAGAGGCAGUGGCGGCUCUAGAGGGGGUUAGUAAGAGGGACACAGUGACAGUGGAGAGGCUGCGCUGUAAGGAGCAUGGCCAGGAGGGCACUCUCUAUUGCAAGGCUGACGAGAAGGUCAUCUGUGUGGUGUGUGCCGUGCAGGGGGAUCACCGCGAACAUGAGAUCAUCACCCUGCGCGAGGCCUACGUCUGGCAGAAGGGCAGGGAGGGUUACGACCUGCUGGGCUGCACACAGAACAUGGCUGACCACAUCAAGACCAAGUGGACCAACCCUGAGAUGUCUACAGAGCAGUUGGAGGCGUAUGUCAACAGUCAGUUUGAUGACCUCUACCGGCUGGUUCGUCUGGAGGAGAAGAGGACCCUCCACCUGGUUGACCUGAAGGAAGCCUUCCUGACUGCCGCCGCCGCUGAGAAUAUCGCUGAGAUCACCAUCCACACCAAGCGGCUCCAGGAGGAGAUGGCCUGCAUCACACAGCAACUGGGCCAGCUGGACCAAGCUGGGGCAAAGCCUGGGGCCGCAAUAGCAGCCCUAGUCCAGGGAGGAGCACCUGGCCCGAGCACCAGACCAGCGCAGCGCAACAUUGAGGCCAGGCCAAGGGAGAGAAGGUGAGAAAGUGAUUUCCAUAACAUCGCGCCGAGAGAGUCCACUCAGACAGCAUUCCUAAGCAUUCCCGGACAGCUUGCCUCGGCACCUGGGUGAUUCUUCAAUGGUGGUGGCGCCAGUGAUCAGCCGUUAGAGAAGGAUGGAGGGAGGGAGGCAGAUGUGCCAGUCUGCUUACCCCUUUCUCUGUGUGUGUGUGUGAGUGAGUGCGUGAGUAAGUGCGUACCAUGUUUGUGAGCGGGAGGACGUUGUGACCAGUCACUCUUCAUAAUGGCCCGGCGCCUACACAUCUCAUAACAUACAUCACAUGGGCCUGAUAUUCAUAUCACACAAGGGGGAGUUCCCAUCUAGUAGAGCAAGAUUGAUGGCUCUUAGAAGCGCAGAGAAGAGAGGAGGAAGGGUGGGGAUGGGGGAUGGUUUUACUGUUAUUUAUCCCCUGUUAGCUAUUGAUUUCUCAGCACAACAGAGGUGUGGUUUAAUAGAGGGAUAGAUACAAGUUUAUCUCCAUGCUGUUUUUCUCUCUGCUGUCCUUGAAUCUCCAAAUUUUCGGAGAGAAGAUUAAGAUAUAUUUAGAGCAGUGGUGAAGAAAGAGGCUUUUUCAACUGAGAUGAGGAAAAUAAACCUGGUUUAAAGUUUGGAUCCUUGGCAAGAAGCUGGAGAAAAAAGACAAAGGUUCCCCCAAACCCUGCUCUCCUCGGUAGAAAUGUCAAAGUUAACCGCAGAAAGAUCCAAAUACUUUAUUUUACUCCUGAUUGGCAUAAGACUUUCUUCUGACACGUUUUGCCACCCAUUUCAGGUGUGCAGCCCACACAAACACUCACAUUCAGGGAGCGCUAACUGAGUGUGAAGGAUUUUGUUCCAGUGCUUCUCCGAAACACCUGAUUCAGCUAAUCAAGGUCCAUCUCUGCUAUAAUUAAAUGGUUAAAAUUAGGAUCAAAUGCUAUGGUUACACUACAACACAGUUGGCAGCAUUGGGCUGUGACACCGGCACUUGGUCACAUUGGAAUUCCCAUGACCCCCUCGUCACUCCAAAUAACUUUUUCUCCGUUCAACCACGUGCUACAGCUUAUCAUUUCCACAAUGUUCCAGAACCCAGUGUGACCGUUCUGUGACCUACCAGCAGUUCCAUAAGAGUGACUUGUCCAAGCUGGUUAUAGCCUCUGCUCUAUUACCCUCUGACACAGGGUGGGACUCUACACUCUACAGUCAUCGGCUGUGUCCCAAAUGGUACCCUAUUCCCUUUAUAGUGUAGUACUCUUGACCUGGGUCCAUGAGGCUCUGGUCAAAAGUAAUGCACCAUAUAGGGAAUAGAGUACCAUUUGGGACGCAGCUUACAGUCAUCGUCUGGGAGGUGGUGAGUGGUACAAUACCAUACUACUCCAGGCCCUGUUCCCAUAUGCAGUCCCAAUGAAACCCAGGACCAAAUGGCUUUGCACACUCUGGGGACAAGUCUUUAUAGUGCAUCGUGAACACAGAGGGCUCCAGUACUAUGCAAAGCCUUGGUUGUUAUGGGUCCUUCACUUCCCUAUUUCCUGUCUGCCUGCCUGUCUGCCUGGUGUGUUCUGCAGGCUGCUUGCUUAGGGGAUCCCGGCACAUUGGCCUACAUUAAACUACAGCAUUACUCUAGGCACUGAUAUGCUCCAUUUCUCCAUCUGGCCCCAGAUAGAAUAAUGGUGGAGAAUGAAACAAAUCUCAUCUUCUUUUCAGGCCUGCUCCACAGCUUCCUCUCUCUCUCUCUCUCUCUCUCUCUCUCUCUCUAUACCUAGGCCUCUACUUUCAUGUUGAUUUUCUCUCUCCCCUCUCCGCUCUUCUAUAGGAAGCUCUUUAGAAACUAAUGACGGCUAAUAGGAUUUUAACGACUCUGGAGGUGGUAUAGGAGGCAGGCGCAGGCUCAGCCCAGGAUGUACUCUAAUUGUUUAUUGUCUAUUUACAUCUCUGUGAAGAAUGGCUUUAUGGGGGAAUUAUCAGCCAUGUGACACUUGCAACACAAACAGCCCUCCCUGCCGAGCCGCUUGGCCACUUUGUGUCGUUCUGUUUAGCCCCAAUUUUUAUUUGACAUUACUAAUUAAUGAGCGAUUUCAUUUCUUCGCCCUACACAGGCGGCAGCAUUUCUCGAUGCAACUCUCCUCAAUUAAUUCCUCAAUUGCCCCUGUGGCAACAGUGAUUGAUAAAGCACUAAAUGAACCUAUGUCAGAUUGACUCUUUACCACGAUUAAUGCUCUUAUCAGAAUAUCUCUUUGUUCAUUCCUGUAAACGAUUAAGGCAGGUGCGUACAUUGUCGACGCACACAGGAAAUUGGCUCUUGGUUGAUAACAGCUGUAACACUGCUACACACAAUCUAUCUCCUCAAUGAAUAUUCAGAUUGGAUGAACAUCAACUACGCUAGAUUUAAUUACACAUCACUGACCUUAUGUGUUCCAGCGUUGUGGUUUAGACCCGGUAGCACACAGAGGUAUGUUCAGGCUAUUGUAUGCUACACGUGGUGGGUAGAUUGCAUGGAUAUCUUCUUGGGCAAGUGAGUGGUAGAAUCCAGUGAAUUUUAUCAUGUACAUUUUUACGUAACAGCAUGCAUGAACAUGAGCUGGAAUCAGGGCCGCUGGAGGCUGUGGAUCAGUAAGCUAAUGAUAUGGAUUAUUUCCCUACUAUACUGAGCCGUGUUUUGCUCACAUCAAUCACUUGCAAUGUAAACUACAGGUUAUAAGAAGCGGCAGCUCCCUCCGCUUCUCUGCCUGUAGCGAACAGAUUAUAUCUUACACGCAACGUGCCAGUGUAAUCAUAGGUGCAUUAUUUACCUAUGUGAAGAUGUUCUCCUGGCCCUGUGAGUGAAUAGACUUCAGUCACCAUUAACAGUACAGUACUGUAUACAUGUAUGUAUGAGGGAAUGCAGUAUCAAUAUUGCUGUGAUAACAUGGCUAGUAAAAUAGAUUGGUAUAUAUGUGUACAGUACCAGUCAAAAGU